AUGCCGCCCUUCACCCCGGUGCCAUGGUGCUCCAUCGGAGAACGCUACAGCUUCCUCACCGUUCCUUGGCCUCCUGACAGCCAGGCAGCAGUGCUCACCUCGCGCCGUGGACUUCUUGUUGUGCGCUUCGUCCCACUAAACGAACCCACCAAUGGUUACGAGAAGAUCAUGAACCUGGCAUUGUACGAUCCAAUCGCCGGCAGAGGCCGUGACCUGCCUGAGUUGAAGAGCGACAGACCUUUCCGAAUAGAAGGAUGCGCCCUUUUAACCCAUGCGGAUUGUUGCCCGGACGAAACGGCGUCGUCCUUCUUCAAAGUGCUAAUCAUCGGCGGCGACCGAGAUGAGCCACGGCACAAUCUCCACGUGUUCACUUCCACGGAGUCGAGCUCGAGCUGGGGCACGCCCAGGGAGUGCUAUGACUCUUUGGAGGACGACGACACCCGUGUCGUGUCUCAGCAGACCACCGCGGUCGUGUGCCACGGCAUUGCACAUUGGCUCUUCAAGAAUGCGUCCAACUUGUACGCACUCAGUGUGUGUGCUAGGACCACAGAGAUGUCCUUAACAAGGCUCCCAGUCACACCGGACCAAACGCAGCCACUGCUUGGAGUCACCAAUGAUGGAACGCCAUGCUUGCUUCGCUUGGAUGGGAAAUGCAUCAUGCUGGAGAUCUGGACACGCCCGAGCCACAACAUGAGUCGAGAAAGCGACAGCAACACAGGGUGCUGGCAUCGCACCAAGAUGAUCAAUUUACAACGACCCGAGCAUGGCAAGAUCGACCAGGUGCAGUGUGUGUGUGUGGGUCAGACGAGCGGCAUACUGCUCGUCAAGGACAAUCAAGAAGACAUGUACAUUGUAGAUCUCCAAACAGGGGCAAUGGAGGCGGUCACCAACUGGUUUCACGGCAUUGUCGUCAUGGCUAUCCCUUUUGAGAUGGAUUGGCCAGAAUUCUUCACGCGCAACUUGGCAAACAGUAGGAUUGAGCGAGCUAAACUGGGAGGAGUUCUAUAA